AUUGGCGAGGGGUCCAUUACGAAUACAUUAAUGUGGAUCCACACCGAAAUUCUAAAAGAAGGUUGAGAAAAGCUCUUUGUGAAGUACCAUACAAUGGUGAAAGUCGUAAAACCUUGGACAGUUUCAUUUUCUCAUUGACUAAUCGUGCAAAUCCUGUGUUAAGCAGAAUUGCAAAGGAUCAAGCAAUCAUUUGGGAUGGAAUGAAAGGUCCUUGUUUUGGUGAAACUGAUUUGUGCAUGAAAGCUUCUUCUGAUUCUGCUGAUGCACCAAUCACUGUUUCGACGACUUAUUCUUCAAUGUCUUCAUCUGCGUCGAUUCGACAACAAUCACAAAUUAACUGGUUUAGCAGGCAAAAAAAUUAUCAACGUAAAAUUACCGAUACAGAAGCGUUUGAUGUUGAAGAAUAUGAGGUCUUCUUAUUGGAUAACUAUUAUCUACAAUUCAUUCGAAUCGUUACUUAUAUUAUCAGAAGAAGUUGGGAGUUGGCAAGACUAGGAUAUGAGCGUGGUUAUGAGCUUUAUUCUGAAAUACCAAAUGAUAAAUGGAAAAUUAUUUUUGAUGCAUGUGUUGUC